ACAGAAAGGAAGCACUAACAUUGUUCUUGUCCUGUGUGUAUGUUGAAGGUUUACUAUUGAAUACUGACAUUGCUGCAGAAUUCUGAUGGAUACAAAAAUGGAUAAUGUAUCAUCAAAUCGUAGGGAAGAAGAAGCAAUAGACAGGAUAAAAGAUCUUAAUGACUGGCUUCCCAUCACCAAAUCAAGGAAUGCAAAGUGGUGGUACUCUGCUUUCCACAAUGUCACUGCCAUGGUUGGGGCUGGUGUUCUUGGUCUCCCCUAUGCCAUGUCAGAGCUUGGAUGGGGUCCUGGGACUGCUGUUAUGGUCCUGUCAUGGAUUAUAACACUGUACACAUUAUGGCAAAUGGUUGAGAUGCAUGAAAUUGUGCCUGGGAAGAGGUUUGAUAGGUACCAUGAAUUGGGUCAGCAUGCUUUUGGUGAAAAGCUUGGGCUUUGGGUUGUUGUGCCCCAGCAAUUGAUGGUGGAAGUAGGAGUGAAUAUUGUUUACAUGAUCACAGGAGGGUCUUCAUUGAAGAAGGUCCAUGAUACGGUUUGCCCUGGCUGUAAACCUAUCAAAACCACCUAUUUCAUCAUGAUUUUUGGCUCCGUUCACUUUGUUCUUUCCCACCUUCCUAGUUUCAAUUCCAUUGUUGGUGUCUCUUUGGCUGCAGCUGCCAUGUCCUUAUCAUACUCAACAAUUGCUUGGAUAGCUUGUCUUCACAAAGGGGCUACAGCAGAUGUGCACUAUACCCCUCGAUCAUCGACCACAGCAGGAAAUGUGUUUGGCUUCCUUAGUGCAUUGGGCGAUGUUGCAUUUGCUUAUGCUGGUCACAAUGUGGUUUUGGAAAUCCAAGCAACAAUACCUUCAACCCCUGAAAAGCCAUCCAAAAAACCUAUGUGGGCUGGAGUAAUUGUAGCCUAUGUUGUGGUGGCUCUCUGUUACUUCCCAGUUUCUCUAAUUGGUUAUUGGGUGUAUGGAAACUCUGUUGAAGACAACGUUCUCAUAUCAUUGGAGAAACCUCGUUGGCUUAUUGUUGCAGCCAAUAUGUUUGUCGUUGUUCAUGUUAUUGGAAGUUAUCAGGUUUUUGCAAUGCCAGUGUUUGACAUGGUAGAAGCAUUUCUCGUUAAAAAGAUGAAAUUCAAACCAUCUACGUUGCUGCGCUUCGUAACGAGAACUACAUAUGUUGCAUUUACCAUGUUUGUUGCAAUAACAUUCCCUUUCUUUGGUGGGCUUCUUGGUUUCUUUGGAGGAUUUGCUUUUGCUCCUACAUCAUACUUUCUCCCUUGCAUUAUGUGGCUUGCCAUCUACAAACCUAAAAGGUUCAGCUUAUCUUGGAUUACUAAUUGGUUCUGCAUUAUAGUUGGAGUACUAUUGAUGGUUUCGUCCCCCAUUGGAGCAUUGAGGCAGAUCAUACUUCAAGCCAAGGAAUUCAAGUUUUACUCAUGAAAAUCUUCCUCAAAUGGAGGAGGGUGUAAAGUAGUUUGAUAUAACAAAUUUAGUAUUCUGAUGAUGACAGCCAUGGCUUUUUUACAUUGCUAUUGUGUGUCUGUGUGUUCGUUUUCUUUUUCUUUUCUUUUUUCUUUUGUUUUUGUUUUUUUGUUUUUUUUUUUUUUUUACCAGUCCUUGUUUAGCAUUGUUGAUAGAUAAAUUGCUAAAUCAUCCAAGCCUCUAUAUAUUUUAGAAAUUUGAAGUCAAAAUUUUAAGUCGAUCAGGAAAAGUAGGAAAAAAAGUUGCAUCAAAAUUUUUCUUGGAAGAUGCAAUUCUUCGGUCCUUUAUAUAUUAUUAUACUAGCAAUCUUGCUUAUUGAACCAACCAUUGAAUUUAUUG